AUGUGGCUUGACUUGUUCCCGGCUCGUGGCACCAAAAAAUUAUUUUGUCGUGAAAGAUCGCCUAAUCUGGAUAUCUAUCUUUCAGCACUGAUGAUGGAUGUAUCGGACAUCGGCAACUUAGCAUCUGAUAGUUCCGCGCAAACUGUUGAUCAGCUAGCUGUAUCAGCUGCAGUUGCCACUGCACAACAACAGCAGCAAAUGGGCGGUGCUGUUGGCUGUGAUGACGAUCCAUCUCCAUAA